AUGUCAAGCCUUUGCGGCGUGGACGCUGGCCUGAAGGUCCGAGGAGUCGGCCUCAGGGAAGCCCGGCGAGUCUACCACGACGCCUUGCGGGGGACCUCGAAGUCGGAGCGGGAGGAGGCCUUCUUGGAAGCCUUCCGGGAGCUGAGGCCCUACGGGCGCAAGGGAGAUUGGCCUGGACGUGCUACGACAGGAAUUCCAAAGGCAGAGUCUGGGCGGAUAGUCACAGAGGUGGAGAGAGACCGACAAUUGCGUUGCCUGAGUUACGGAGGGAGCUUCCGACGAGUGGAUUCUGGGCGAUCGCCAGGUGCCCGUUCGAGAGAGGAGGACCUCCAGCCGGACCAGUUGAGUAGCGCAGGCACAUCAUAUAAGCACACCUUGGAUCCGAACCUGUCUGGCUCUACAGAUCUGCUGUCAUUGAUCCGGAACUCCGUGGUCGGGCUUUUGGCCAGCAUGGGGCUAGUGGUGGAAUUGACCUUUUCCAACGACUUCAGGUAUAUCUAUGCCCUGAUCUCGGCGAGCGAGGCAGUGCUUGAGGAACUGGCGAAGAAGCACGACUACCCAGUGGCGGCGGACUUGGCACAAGUUGAUCCAGAGGCGGCGGAGCCCUGCGACCGCUGCUUCGAGCCGCUGCGCCCGCGGGAUCCCGAGGCCUCCGAGCUGUUGAAGGAGCUGGGGCUGGAGGAGGGCGCCGCGCAGAGGGCCCAGGGUCCCUUGGAGGACUCGCAGCGUGAGGCCUUCUCCUGGUACUUGCGCAGCCGCCUGAAGGGCCGGUCGGCUUUGGCCGCCUUGAGAGAGGCGAAUGCUGCGUGGCCCGGGGGCAAGGAGGGGCUGCUGAAUACGUGGGACCGCCUACUUGGCCAGAGGGGCCUUGAGGUCCUGCGAGUGGACCCUGACACCCAGGGGCGUUUCCUUCGGGAGGUGGAGGUGCAGCGCUUGGAUGGCCAGAAGGUGAGCUCCCACUUCUGCAGGGAAGACCGGACCGUGCUCAUCAUGGCCGCCAUGUCGGACGCGUGCGACAUCUUCAAUCUAAUGCGUGAUGGCUAUGUGGCGGAUGUGCUGCCGUGCACUGGUGAACGAGAGGAGGACAUUCACCUGGCCUGGAGAAGGCAUAUCAGUUCUUGGCUGCUGGUUCCAGCGCUGCUGGGAAUCCUGGCGCAGGUGGCCUUUGUCUUCGCAGAAGAUUGGCAGGCUGAAGUUCUCCUGGGCUAUGUCCUAUCGGUCUCCCUGUGGUGCGGUGCUGCGCUGUCGGCUUGGACCCUCAAAGUGCGGCGCUUGCUGCUGAGCCGCGGCUGCGUCACCAGGCCCUGUGAGAAGCCAGAGUCCAGGCGUCAGUUCCAUGGCACCCUGAAGCGCUCAUUGCUCACUGGCGAGAUGGAAGAGCAGGUCAGCAGCAGCCUGGGGUACAUCGCGAGGCAAGCAUUGAGCAUCCUGCUCUGCCUGAUCCUGGCGGUGGCAUCUGUGCUAGUUGCGAUUUGCAGCGUCGACCUUCUGCCCACGCGACUGAGUGAGCUGGGCAUUCCACGGCCGUACUUCUCUCAGCCUGUGAUCGGGGUCCUGGUGGCAGCGGAGGUGCUGGUCUUGAACCGCAUCUUUCGGUGGGUCUCCCUUCCCUUGACGCGCUGGGAGAACCACAAGAGCAGAGCCGAAUUCGUCCAUGCUUACAAGUUCAAGGCUUUGAGCCUGCAAUUCAUUAAUUCGUAUGCAUCACUCUUCUACAUCGCUUUUUAUCCAGACUCGCUCAAGCCGUUUGAGGUGUCAUCCUGUGAUGUUGCUUGGUGGAAUCAGUGGGGCAAUACGUGUGAGAUGGCCCGACUCAAUCAGCAGCUCAUGGCCAUCCUCGCGAUUUUCUGCCUCAAGGCUGGCAUCCGAUGCCUGACGUUCUGGUGCGUCUCAAACAAGACCAGCCAAGCGUCGCCUGAGAGGAGCGUUGGCAUGGAGAUAGUUUCCGGCCUGGACAAGUCUAUGGCAGCGCUGAGGUUUGGUCAUCCGGAGGUGGAUUUGAACGGCCCUCCGGACGGCUGCUUCGGCCCGGCGGCCGAAACUGUGCUGGUUUUGGGCAUGCUCCUCUUCUUCGUGGCGGUUUCGCCCUGGGCGCCGCUCUUGGCCUUCCUGGCACUGGCGCCGGCGCUGGCCGCACCUUCUCGCCCAGCCCUGCCCAGUGUUGGUCUGGAUCACUUCGCUUCAGCAUCGGUCCGGGUCAUCUCCUGGGUGGCCAUGCCGGUGCUCGCGGCGUUGGUGGUGUGGCCGGCGCAGGGCAAGGGCCGUUUGCUGGCGCUGCUGGGAAUCCAGGGCGACCUCGCCGCCUGGGGCGGCUACUCUGCCUUGCUGCUCUUUGGGCGCCUGCUGCCGGGGCGACUGGCAGCCUGCACGCCAGAUGCUUCCAGGUUGAACUUGGCUGAAGCUCGCCUCCGUCUCGGGGCACAGAAAUUGAGGCGCGAGCCGGUCUUCACAGCGCGUAGCGCACGCGCUAGGCCGCUCGGGACGGACUUCCGUGUGAGGACGCCGCAGCAGUGGGAAGAGCUCGUGGCAAAGCUCACUGUGUAA